AUGCGUCGGCCAGGACAGUUCAAAAUGGUGCUUUUGGGAGAGUCAGCCGUUGGAAAGAGUUCAUUAGCACUUCGAUUUGCCAAAGGACAAUACCAGGAGCAUGCUGAAAGCACUAUUGGUGCUGCUUUUCUUACUCAUACCUUACAGAUCGAUCCCGAUACAUCACUCAAGGUCGAAUUAUGGGACACUGCUGGGCAAGAACGUUAUCAUUCACUUGCACCGAUGUAUUAUCGCGGUGCUCAAGCAGCGCUUGUCGUGUACGAUAUAACAAAUAGUGAAUCCCUUCGUCGAGCAAAAAUGUGGGUUAAAGAACUACGGCAAGUAAACGCGAAUGAUAUGGUCAUUGGCUUAGCCGGAAAUAAAGCUGAUCUCGCAGCAGGUAACAAACGACAAGUGGACACGCGUGAAGUAGCAGACUAUGCGGAUGAAAAUGGCCUGCUUUUUAUGGAAACAUCAGCUAAACGCGGUGACAAUGUAACCGAGAUAUUUAUGAGUGUAGCGAGACAGGUUGCAGCUAAACAACCAUCCGGCCCAGUUCGUGCUGACAGUGCUUUUCCACCGACGAAACCGAAAGGUAAAGAAAGCGGUGGUUGUUGUGGAAAUGACAUGCAACAAGUACUCCUCACAUACACUCUGAAACUCACUCAACAUUUUCAACCACCACCACCACCACCACAACUUUCACAACUAGCAAAAUACACGAGAACAGUAGCAUUGCAGAAAACAACAGUGGGAGUGAAUGAUAAUGUUGAUCAUCAACAGGAAUCUGAAUCGGAAAACCAUGCUCUCUUUUAUUUUCAAUAG